AUGCGUUAUCUCACCAUCGCCGUCGCCGCGCUCGGCAUGCUGAGCGUUGGUGAUGCCAAAAGGUCUUGUCGUCCUCGUCCCACCUCAGCAUUGGCUACUCCCACCUCGACUUCUCCCGCCCAGUCGACCUCUGAGAUCGCCAGUUCUAGUACUCCAGGGUCGUCCGGUACACCUGAGUCUAGCAUCCCGGCCAGCACCCCCAUCUCGGCUGAGAGCACUCCCGAAUCUUCCAUCUUGAUUUCCUCAACCACUCCCAUCGCUUCCGAGACUCCUGCCUCGUCAGAUAUUCUGGCCUCAAGCACUCCUGCUUCCACUGAUACUCCUGUGUCGUCCGCUACUCCUGCUUCUUCCGGAACUGAGGUUUCUAGCACUCCUGCUUCCAGCGUUGCUUCUUCCACUGUCACUCCCGUCUCCUCCGAGACUCCUGCCUCGAGCUCUGUUGAGUCAACCACUCCCGUCUCCUCCGAGACCCCUGCCUCCAGUUCUGUUGCUUCCAGCACACCUGCUUCAAGCUCUGCCGAGUCAACAACUCCCGUCUCAUCAGAGACUCCUGCCUCCACCUCCGCCGCUUCUAGCACACCUGCCUCCAGCUCUGUUGAAUCAACCACUCCAGUCUCGUCAGAGACUCCCGCUUCCAGCUCUGCUGCUUCUACCACCCCCAUCUCCAGCUCUGCCGAGUCAACCACUCCCGUAUCUAGCACUACUCCCGUAUCCAGCACUGUUGAGUCGACCACUCCCGUCUCUAGCUCUGCUGCUUCAAGCACCCCGAGCUCAUCUGCUGUCACUCCCGUCUCGACUCCCGUGUCUUCGUCCUCGCUUGAGUCCUCGACCACCCCUAUUUCCUCGGCCACUCCUCUGUCAUCUAGCAGCGCACCUGCCUCGACGACUACUCCCUCGAGCACUCCUGUCAGCUCCAGCCUGCCAGUUCAGACCGUGGACAGCACCGUUCUGAUCAUUGCCCGCCAAGAGACCGAGGCCAAGCAGGCCAGCGAUGGUCUUCUCGCAUAUGGUAUCUCUUGGGUCAACUGGAUCGUUCCCUCCACCGGUGCCACGCUCCCCGUGCUCAACUCCACAGCUACCCAUGCCAACUAUGGCGCCAUCAUUGUCAUGGACGCCGUCUCCUACGACUAUGGCACUGCCGGCUGGAGCAGUGCUGUGACCACUGAGCAGUGGGCCCAGAUCAAGAGCUAUCAGGCCGACUUCAACAUCCGUCUAGUCCGCAUCAACGAGUAUCCUGGUGCUACAACUGGUACUACCGCCAAGACUGGCACUGUUACCACCGUUUCUCUUACUGACCUGAGCUUCUUCCCUACUGCUAACCUUAAGGCUAACGCUGCCGUUUCUCUCACUGGCCUGUAUGCCGUGCCUGCUAGCAUUACCGACGCCACCCUCACCAAGGAAGUGGCCCAGUUCUCUGAUGGCUCUACCGCCGCCGUCAUCAACACCGCCGACGGCGUCGAGGUUUGGGCCUGGUACAUGGCCUGGGAUCCCUCUUGGUCCCUGACUUGCGCGUAUCUGCAGCACGCUCACAUUCACUGGAUGACUCGCGGUAUCUUCCAGGGCAAGCGCAAGAUUCACCUGAGCACCCAAAUUGACGACAUUCAGCUUUCCACCGAGAUGUACUACCCUACUACCUACGGAGACCUGAAGAUUAGCAUUGCCGACCUCGAGGCCCACAUCGACUGGCAGAACAACAUCAACGCUCGCAUGCCCUCUGGCUCUGACUACUGGCUCGAGUUGGGACACAACGGAAACGGCGACUUCAUCGAUGCUACUGGAACUGACGCCUCCGCCUCGGUGUGUGAUCCCAACGAGGCUGUUGACUACGACCAGGACGUUGAGGCUCCUCAUGAGUGGGUGAAGCCCAUCGGCAGCGGCGAGGACCUGUGGCCCAGCUCGUGGACUGAGUACCCUUGGACCUUGACCUGCGCUAAACGCGAUACUUUUGCUUCCUGGUUCCUGGACACCGACAAUCUCAACCAGUUCGGUCACAUCUCCCACACUUUCUCUCACAUGAACUUGAAUAACGCUACCUUUGCCGACGCCAAGCGUGAGAUUCAGUUCAACCAGGCCUGGCUCAAGCAGCUCGGCAUCGACAAGGCUACCCGAUAUAGCGACAACGGCAUUAUCCCUCCCGCUAUCACCGGUCUCUACAACGGUGAUGCUCUCCAAGCCUGGGUCGAGAACGGCAUCGUCCAGGUCGUCGGUGACAACACCCGCCCCGGGACCCGCAACACUGGCCACCCCUACUGGCCAUACAUCACAUCCAAGGCCAUCAACGGAUACGACGGUGUGACCGUUAUCCCCCGGUACUCCAGCCGCAUCUACUACAACUGCCACACCGCCGAGUGCACCACCUACGAGUGGACAGUCACCUCCAGCGUGACGGGCACCUUCGACGACCUCCUCGCUCUGGAGAAGGAGUCCAACGUCCGCAACCUGUUCGCCCUCCAGGCUGACCCCUACAUGUUCCACCAGGCCAAUAUGUACCAGGAGGGCGUUGCCUCGUACACCAUCGGCGAUCAGACCCGCAAGAUGUCCCUCGUCAUGAUCUGGACCGAGGUCGUCACCCAGGAGUUCCUCCGCCUCACCAACUGGCCCCUCAAGACCAUUACCCAGAAGGACCUCGCCGUCUACUUCACCGAUCGCAUGGCCCUCGACGGCUGCAACCCCAAGAUGUCCUACAUCCGCUCCACCGAUGGCAACUCCAUCGAAUCCGUCGUCGUCACCGCCGACGGUAACACCUGCUCCGUCCCCGUCCCCGUCACUAUCCCCUCCGGAGCCGUCACCGCCUCCGGUGGCUCUGCCACGGCGGAUAUUGUCGGUGCCGAGCCCCCCAUCCAGUGGGUUACGCUGAGCGGUUCCCCAGUUACCCUGAAGCUCAGCACUCCCGUGUCCCUUAUUUAA